UUGAUUUGGAUGACCGGUGUUGGGAACCGGAGGAACAUUCCAGUGGCUUCGCUUUGGCCCAUGUCGGCGUCGGUGUUUUCGGUGCUCCGUCAUUUUGAGCUUGUCGAGCAAAACGGUCACUUCCCAAUCGAUCUAUCAGGAAAGUAGUGCACGAAGAUGACUUCCCUCGGCAACGAACCAAAACCGGCCACCAUCUGCCACGUGGUGGCGAUGCCCUUUCCUGGACGAGGCCACAUCAACCCCAUGAUGAACCUCUGCAAGUUGCUAGCUUCCAAAAAACCAGACAUCCUCAUCACCUUCGCUGUCACCGAGGAGUGGCUCGGCUACAUCGGCUCCGAUGACAAGCCAGCUAAUAUCCGCUUCGCUUCCAUACCCAACGUCGUCCCACCGGAGCGGCUAAAAGCCGCCGACUUCCCAGCCUUCUAUGAAGCUGUCAUGACUAACAUGGAAGCUCCUUUUGACCAGUUCCUGGAUCGCCUCCUCGAAACGACGCCGUUGACUGUAAUCAUAGCUGAUAUAGAAGUACUCUGGGGAAUCAAUGUUGGCAAACGAAGGAAUAUUCCAGUGGCCUUAUCUUGGACCAUGUCAGCCUCCUUUUUCAGAAUGUUGCAUUUUUUCAAUAUUUUCUCUGAAAAUAACGAUUUCAAUAUCCCCCUUGACUCUUUAUCCAAUUAUAGUGAUGACAAGAAUUUGGAGGACAUGCCAGGACUCUCAUCUUGGGAAAUAGAAGAUCUUAAAAUAGUACUCCGAGAAAAUGACCAAAAGGUUCUGAAACUAGCCUUGGAUUGUAUAGCUCAGGUCUCAAAAGCUCAAUUUCUUCUCUUCACCUCAGUUUAUGAGCUUGAAUCUCAAUCAAUAAACACUCUAAGAUCAGAAUUUUCUUUCCCUGUUUACCCACUAGGCCCAGCUAUUCCAUACUUAGACCUUCAUGAUCAACACAACAGCUCUUCAACCUCUCAAAACUGUAUUCAAUGGCUGGAUUCACAGCCAAAUGGGUCCGUUUUAUACAUCUCCUUGGGCAGUUUUCUUUCGGUUUCGAGUACCCAAAUGGACGAAAUCGCUGCUGGUUUAAGAACUAGUGGUGUUAGAUUCUUGUGGGUUGCUCGAUCUGAAGCUCUUCGUUUACAAGAGAGAUCUGGCGAGUUGGGGUUGGUUUUGGCAUGGUGUGACCAAUUGAAGGUGUUGUGUCAUUCUUCUAUUGGGGGGUUUUGGACUCAUUGUGGGUGGAACUCUACUUUGGAAGCUGUGUUUGGUGGUGUUCCUAUGCUUACUUUUCCUCUGUUUUUAGACCAAGUUCCGAAUAGUAGGCAGAUUGUCGAGGAGUGGAAGGUUGGGUUGAGGGUGAAGAGAGAGGUGGGUAGUGAUGAAAAUUUGAUAAUGAAAAGAGAUGAGAUUGCUGAACUUGUGGGAAAGUUCAUGGAUUUUGAAAGUGAUGUGGGGAAAGAGAUUAGGAAAAGAGCUGGAGAACUUAGAGAUUCGUGUCAACGAGCCAUUGCUAAAGGUGGUUCCUCUGACAGUAACCUUGAUGCUUUUAUCAGUGAUAUAUGUAAUGUAACACGAGGCCAGUAGGCGAUUAAUCUUGAUGAAAAUAUUUGUGGUGUCUGCGUUUGUAUCACGUCUUAUAAUUUAUGUUUAUGUAAUAAUUCGAAUAAUGAAUUUGCUUUGCCUAUAAGUAUGAAUAUGUCAAGACUAAUCAAACUUGAAAUAGCUC